AUGAAGCCAAGUUUCAGUUGUCUCUUCUUCCUCCUCCUCCGCCUCCUCCUCUUCUGUUUCUUACACUGUGUGGCUUCUAGCACGGCGAGGCAGAGAGAUGUGCUAAACAAGUUCUACUUUAACAACGGAGCAGAGAGGUCGUCUUCUUCUUCUUGGGCAAGAAGUCUUCUUUCAGUAUCCGGCUUGGAGUCGAAGGUCUACGACAAUAGCGGGCUGAAGGAGGGGGACAAGGUUGUUCUGCUGCCUGGCCAACCCGAAGGCGUGCAUUUCGAUCAGUACGCGGGGUAUGUCACAGUCGACAGAACCAACGGACGGGCUCUAUUUUACUACUUUGCCGAGGCUGCCGAGAACAGCGGAUCGAAGCCUAUUGUGCUCUGGCUCAAUGGAGGGCCAGGGUGUUCAUCGCUAGGGUACGGCGCCAUGGAGGAGCUUGGGCCGUUUCGAGUCAUGAGUGAUGGCAAGACUCUGUAUAGGAAUCCCUAUGCUUGGAACGAAGUGGCGAACGUCUUGUUCCUGGAGAGCCCCACCGGCACCGGCUUCUCCUACUCUAACACCACAUCGGACUACGCCACGAGCGGCGACCGUAGGACGGCGAUUGACGCUCUGGUUUUCCUCAUCAACUGGUUUGAGCGGUUCCCGGAGUAUAAGGGGAGGGACUUGUUCAUCACCGGUGAGAGCUACGCCGGGCACUACGUCCCCCAGCUUGCCCAUGUCAUACUCCAUCACAAAGAUCGCCUCAUCAAUCUCAAAGGCAUCGCUAUAAGACAUGGAUCCCGAGAACAAUCAAUCGGGAACGCGGUGAUCGACGAGGAGACGAAUAACAAGGGGCUUCUCGACUACUAUUGGACGCACGCGUUCUUAGCCGACGAGACCAUUGUUGCGAUCCACAAGUUCUGCAAUUUUUCGCCGGGUGCGCAACAACAACCUCCGGAGUGCAACCGAGCUGUC